GAAACCACAUGCAGCAACUGCACAGACACCAAAGGCUGAAGGUGCAGGGUCACGUUCAUCAGUCAGAGUAACUCUCCGUCAGGGACGAACAGAAAUCUUUGGCUGUUAGGCUGACUGACUGAGAGAUGCCGCUUCUGCUGCUGUGUGUUGUUCUUCAGGCUUUGUCCGUGUCUCAAGGGCUCAAUGGUACAGAUGCCCGACAGAUGCAUGCUGACAAACAGAAACUAGUUGAGCUCUCCACACUAAGUCUGUCCAAUGGCUGCUCUGGCGCACUCAGGGCUCUUCACCAGAACACUACAGUCAACGUGAUCCUCACCCAGACAAAUGAAGAUCCAACCCAAAUCUGUGAACAUUUUAAUUGUGGCCACAUUUUUAACUUCAGCAAGACUGCAACAGUGCACAAUGGCACUUGUCUUGCAGACUGCACCUUGAACAACUCAAAACUGCACUGCAAUACAGCCGCAGAAGGCGACUGCACAGAUGCAACUGAAGUAAUUUGCGAGCACCAGAUGGUCAGAUUGGUCGGAGGACAUGAUCGCUGUGCUGGACGGGUGGAGCUGCUGCAUUCUGGGCAAUGGGGAACGGUGUGUGAUGAUGAUUUUAACAUCAUAAGUGGACAAGUAGUAUGUGCCCAGCUGAGAUGUGGCAGUGCAAAAAGAGUGGACUUUUUUGGGGCCGGCCGUGGAGACAUUCACAUCAGAUCAAUCAAAUGUAAUGGCACAGAGAGAAACUUAUGGGAGUGCGGCCCCAUCAACAACACUGCCGGUUACUGUGGACAUAAGGAAGACGCUGGCAUUGUGUGUUCAGAAAGUGUUGCGAUCGCAACCACAGGCUGCACAAUCGAGUCAACAACACCGGUGGCAGUGUCAACCGCAGUGGCAGCAACAGAACGCAGCAGUGGAGUUUCAGCAGGAGUGAUUGGCUGCAUCAUCUUAUCUAUUGCGCUGCUUAUGUGUAUUAUAAUAAAUUCUGCUUUCUAUGUGCAUUUUAAAAGAGCAAAGGCAUGUGUGAUUAACCAACAUCACAGUAGUUCCUACAGGAGCCUGGAGGACCAGUCCAAUGAACAGAUAGGAAUCUAUAACACACAAAUUGUCCCGGCUGCCAGGGGGCAUCAGUAUGAAAGUCUUGGCCCGAGAAUGAGCUCAAACUAUGGCCGUAAAUUCAGCAAGAGAUCAAAUCAACCCACUCACAACUCUGACACUGAUUCGGAGCAUGAACAUCACAACAGCAAUCGACCGCAAAGACUGCAUCUAAACAACUUACCAACAGGAGACAUGAAUGACGUAGACAGUACAAGCUCUGGAGAAAGAUGUAAACACAACGUGCAAAUCAACAUGGGCACCAUCAAGUCCGGUGAUAAACCCCCACUGGCUCCACUGUCUUUUGUUGCCCCUCACAUCUACAGUCAAGAUGAUUCAAGCAGUACAUCUUCUGGAGAGUUCUAUCAAAACACCAAGACUGACACCGACAUUACCAAGUCACGUGCGGAAACACCAUUACUUCAUGAAAAAUCACCAUUCACACUCCUGUCUUUUGAUGACCAUACCUCACCAGGAACUGAAAGUAAAGCAGUAGAUGUGAAUGAUUCAAGCAGUACAUCUUCUGGAGAGUUCUAUCAAAACACAGAGACCGACACAGACAACUACUUCAAGUCACGUGAAGAAGUGCCAUCAUUGCAUGAAAAUUCACAGUUUGCACCUCUGUCUUAUAGUGCCAGUCAAGCGGUAGACAUGAAUGAUUCAGACAGUACAUCUUCUGGCGAGUACUAUCAAAACACAGCAGAGACUGACAUGGACAAUGUUCUCCACUGUGAAGACGAGGAAAGCCCAUCGCUUCUUGAGAAAUCACUACAGACAUCCCACAGCACUCAGAUGACAGGAAACUCUGCUGGUUACAGCAGCUGUCAUGUACCUCGUGCCCACAGUCGAGAUGGGAAUGAUUCAGACAGUACUUCAUCUGAAGAGUGCUAUCAGAACACAGAGAUUGGUGAAAACGCCCUUCUUUAUUAUGGUGAGGAAAGCCCAUCACUUCCUGAGGUGUCUUUUCAGAAUCCCCACAUUGCACAGAUGACAGAAAGUACUGACGAUUACGAAGACCAGCACGUACCUAGAAACCUCAGUCAAGAAACAGAUAGUAGUAGUACAGCAUCAGAGGCAUCGUACGUGAAUGUACCAUCUAAAAAUGAUAUGGAGGACAAUUCUGCUGCAUCUUCCGAUAAUGACUAUGAUGACACUGGAACCUGGUGAAUUCAGCACAAUAACUGCAAGAGAUUUUUCUCAGCAGAUGAUUCUCCCUGAAAACCGUGGAAUGUAACACAAAUGGGCCCUUGCAAUACCUGAGUGUUUCUUAAGAAAUAUACUGGAAGAACAGAAAAAUAAAUCAACAUUGUUCAUCUAUAUUAUAAUAAACAUUCUAAACAAUGA